AUGACUCCCCUCGGUGCCCCGACGUAUUUGCAAGCUACCAAAUAUCCCUUGUGGGACACCAUGGAGAGCCGCCUAGACACUGCCAAUGUCAUUCUGUGUACCUUCCUUCAAGCGUUACUAUCCAGCGCCAACGCUGUUAUGGAGCCGCCGGUUCUCGCUUACCCCCACAUUGGGCUGCAUGCAUUCACGCUAGUAAGGCACCCGUGCGGCGAUGUUGUAGUCAUGCUUGGUCCGACUCUCGUUCUGGCAUCAGCCGCCAAGUUAAAUACAUCAACAUCACCUAACAUGAACGCUAUGGCGAUUCAAUCCGAGACGCCGAACAAACUUCCUACGGAUGGCGACGGCAGCCCGCUAUCCUGGUUCCAGCAGCGGCUCUGGGUCCACCAGGAACGAAACCCAGACGACACUAGCUAUAACCUCCCCUUCGUGCUGCUUCUCCGGGGCAACCUUAACGUCUUCGCGCUCGAGCAGAGCCUGAGCGCCAUCGCAACCCGCCAUGAGAGCCUACGGACCUACUACGACCUGGCAGGGGAUGGUGAGCCGCUGCAGUUCGUCGCGCCCCCUGGGCACGUGCCUUUACCGGCUGUGUCUGUCGACCGGCUCCAGCUGCUGGAGGCCCUCGACCGGUUCCUGGAACACCGCUUCGACCUGCGCCGGGGGCCCAUCUUCAUCGCCCGCCUGUUGCGGUUAUCCAGCGCUCAGCACCUUUUGCUCUUCAACGUGCACCAUAUUGCGGCGGAUGCGUGGUCUCUCAAGGCCAUCCUGCGCAGGGAGCUGCACAGCGCGUACGGAGCAUUCUGCCAGGGGCAGAAGCCCGUGUUGCCCUUGUUGACGGUCCAGUACCGAGAUUAUGCGCAAGAACAGCGAGCCUCGCAUAUGUCCGCGCAUCUCGACUACUGGAGCGAAACCCUCAAGGGCUACGAAGACAGCCUGGAACUACCGUCAACGUUUCCACGGCAGCGCAAGUCCGGCACCACGAGCGGGACCUUCGUGUACCACUACCCGCGCGAAUUUUCCCGGGAGCUCGAGCGUCUGUCCCGCGAAAACGGCUGCACCAUGUUCAUGUGCUUGCUCGCGGGGCUGACUGUCAUCAUCAGCCGCUAUGCCGACAAGGACGACCUCUGCAUCGGAACCACGACGGCCAAUCGGCCAGAUGUCGCACUCGAGCCGCUGAUCGGUUUCUUCGUCAACAUCCUGCCACUGCGGAUGCGCGUUGACGAACGGAGCACCGUCGCCGAGUUGCUAGACGCUGUGCGCUCCCAGGUGCUGCACGCCUUCGAACAUCCGGUGCCAUUCGAACGAAUUCUCCAAGCUACCAAUGUGGCACAACGCGGCAGCGGGAAUCCGCUGGUCCCCAUCAUCAUGAGACAUCAAAACUUUCCAGAGGCGUCGCUCGGCGCUGCCCUGCCGGACAAGGUGACGUUCCAUGCCUACCCGGAGCCGGACGAGGCCGAUGAGGAGGUGCUCGAAGUGCUGGCUCGGGACCGUACUGCGGCCCGGUGUGAGAUCGAGCUGUCAUAUUCCGGAGGCGUGGAGGGGCUGGCUGUCGAGGUUAUGUUUGCUGCCGACUUGUAUGACCGCGCGGCCGUCGAGCGCCUGCUCAGCCAGCACCAGAUCGCCUUGGAGGGCAUGUUCCACGACGCUACGCAGCGUGUGUUUGAGUUGCCGCUGCUACGCGACCGUGAUGUCGACGAGAUAUUGGAGUGGAGUGACCGCGCUGUGAUGGUUGAGGUCCCGACGGCGUCGUUUGUGGAAAGGUUUGACGAGCAGGUACAGCAGGUGCCGGAUGCGGUGGCCUGCUGGGACCGGCAUGGGGCGUGGAGUUACCUCGACAUCGCCCGGCGGACACAUAGCGUCGCGCACGCUCUUGCAGCCCGUGGCAUCGAACCUGGGGACCUUGUCGCGGUGUGCCUUCCUCGGGGCGGGGACCUACUCGCGACGCUACUUGGCGUCUGGCGCACGGGAGCCGCCUACGUGCCGCUCGACCCGGCAUAUCCCACAGCCUACACCCGGCAGAUCAUUGAGGAUGCGGCUCCGGGAACCGUUGUUUGUAAUGCGAAGAAUCAGGCCUUGCCUGAUGUCGAUGACUCGCGGUAUUUACGGCUGGAACAGAUCACGGGUACGACAAAUGCGUAUAAAGGGCAGCCCAUACAACUGAACACCCUCGCGUACGUCAUGUACACGUCAGGAUCUACUGGCAAGCCCAAGGGCGUCCGCGUGCCUCACCGCCAACUCAACAACUGGUUGCUGUCUUUGGAGACAAGCCUACCGUUCCAGCCUGGUGAAGUCGUGGCCCAGAAGACGACGUCGGUCUUUGCGGCCGGAGUCAAGGAGAUGUUCGCGGGGUUGCUCAACGGUAUUCCGCAGGUGACUAUCGACGACGGAACCCUCCGCGAUAUGGCCGGCGAGCCACUCUCCAAAACCACCGUCCUCACCUUCCGCACCACCUUCCCCACCGCCCGCCUCCUCAACAACUACGGCUGCACCGAAACCAACGACAUCAGCUACUACGACACCGCCACCCUCCCCCCGACCCUCGACUUCGUCCCCCUCGGCCACCCGAUCACCAACACCAAGCUCUACAUCCUCGACCACCACCACCGCCUCGUCCCCCCCGGCGUCCCCGGCACCCUGCACAUCUCCUCCGCCAGCCUCCCCGACGGCUACCACCACCACCACACCAACAACCCACCCCGACCUUCCUCACGAACCCUCGCCACUUCCUCCUCAAUAGUGCUCUUUUUGGGGUACUAUACGGCUAAGGGUGCUACGGCUGAUGGUAUGGGUGAUGGUACGACCACGACUACGGUGGGGGAAGCGGGCCGGGGGGACGGGGUGCAGGGCGCGGAGCUGCGGGCGUUUUUACAGGCUAGGUUGCCCGAGUACAUGGUGCCGGACACGUUUGUGCUGCUGGAUGCGAUGCCGCUGCUGCCGAAUGGGAAGCUGAACCGGCGGGCAUUGUUGGAGACGGAGGAGGGGGUGUUGCAGGAGAGUGGGGGUGGGUAUGAGGCGCCGGCGAGCGAGACGGAGAGGACGCUGGCGGGGGUCUGGGGAGUGGUGGUGAAUAUGCCGGUGGCAAGGAUUGGGCGGCAGACGCACUUUUUCGAGAUUGGAGGGCAUUCGUUGUCGGCUAUGCGCGUGCUGGCGCGGAUUAAGGAUGUGUUUCGGGUUGAGUUGGGGUUGUCAGAGCUGUUUGCGGCGCCAAGGUUGGAGGCUAUCGCCGCGGUGGUUGAUGCUAAGCUUGGGAACCGGACGUCGUCUGGGGAGGUGCCCUCGGCGACGGGGGCUCCGAGACCGACCCAAGGGUUUGGGCUGCUUCAUGACAAAGUGGCGCUGGUCACGGGCGGCAGCCGCGGCAUCGGGCUUUCCACCGCGUUAUUACUCGCCGAGCAAGGGGCCAAGGUGGCCAUCAACUACCGGGACAGCAAGGCACAGGCGUUGGGCGUCAAGGAGAUGAUCGAGGCCGACGGCGGGACGGCAGAGGUCUUCGGGGCGGACGUGACAUGCGCCGAGGAGGUCGCCGCCAUGGUAGCGGCCGUGUACAGCCGGUUCGGGCACAUCGAUGUGCUCGUAGUCAACGCACACAUUCACUUCCGACACCGGCCCUUCUUAGAAUACGAGUGGGCAGACCUCGAGCAAAAAGUCUCGGACGAGCUCAAAGCCGUCUUCCACCCGUGCCGGGCCGUGGCGCCCGACAUGGUGCGGCGCGGGGGCGGCAGCAUCAUCGCGCUGUCGAGCACACUGUCCAAGCGCAGCAACGCGGGCUUCCUCGCGCAGAGCACGGCCAAGGCGGCCGUCGACGCCUUUGUGCGCUCGCUCGCGGCCGAGCUGGGCCCGCACGGCGUCCGCGCCAACACGGUCGCGCCUGGCGUCACCCUCACCGACGCGGCGCUAUCCAUGGCGCCCCACGUCAAGGAGUCCGUCGCGGCCAUCUGCCCGCUACGCCGGAAUGGCCUGCCCGAGGACAUGGCCGGCGCCGUGCUGUUUCUGGCGAGUGACCUGUCCCGGUUCAUGACAGGGGUUUAUUUGCCUGUUGACGGAGGAUUCACCACGCUGUAG